AUAAUGAUGGCGACAACAAAAAGAAAACAAAUAUUGUUAAAAAACAACCGGCUAAAAGUGAUUCCAGUGAUGAUGUUGACAACAAAAAUAAAACAAAAAAUGUUAAAAAACAAUUAUCAAUAAAUACUAAAACCAGUGAAGAUGAUGAUGGUAAUAAUGAUGAAGAUGAUGACAAAAAAAAGAAAACAAAUACUGUUAAAAAACAACCAGCUAAAAGUAGCUCCAGUGAUGAUGUUGACAACAAAAAUAAAACAAAAAAUGUUAAAAAACAAUUAACAUCAAUUGAUACUAAAACCAGUAAAGAUGAUGAUGGUAAUAAUGAUGAAGAUGAUGACAAAAAAAAGAAAACAAAUACUGUUAAAAAACAACCAGCUAAAAGUAGCUCCAGUGAUGAUAAUGUCAACAAUAAAAAUAAAACAAAAAAUGUUAAAAAACAAUUAUCAACCAUCAAUAAAAAUACCAGUGAUGGUGGUGAUGAUGAUGACAAUAAUAAUGGUGGUGAUGAUGAUAAUGAUGGUGACAAAAAAAAGAAAAUAAAUAGUGUUAAAAAACAACCAGCUAAAAGUAAUACGAGUGAUGAUAAAAAAAAAUCCACCCAGUUACGUCAAUCAACAUUGAAAGAAUCAUUUUCAAAAGCUAAAAAACGUUCACCAACAAAACCAUUAAAAACAUCACCACCAAAAAAACCUAAAAUACAAGAACCAAUUUAUAAAAAAAUAAAACUAACUGAUGAUGAUGAUAAAAAUAUUGAUGAUGAAUCAAAGUUAUAUGAUUUUGACUAUUAUUAUAAUAUAUCUGAUGAAAAAAUUCAAAAAAAAAGAAAAAGGAAACCUGUACAAAAUCAAAAAUCUAAGAAACCUAAAUUAAAUUUUAUUGAUACAAAAGUUACAAAAGUAAAAAAUUUAAAAAACCCAGAAAUUGAUAAAUUACCAACAAAUAAUAUUAUGAAUACAAUUAAUGAUUUUCAUCGUAUACCACUUGCAAUAACUGGUAAAAAUGUUGAAGUACAUCAAGUUCCAUUAAAAGUUAAAAAACAAAUUGUUGAUAAUGAUGAUAAAAUAGCAAAUGAACAGCCAAAGCAAAUACAAGUUGUUGCACAAGUACAUGAUAUACCAGUUGCUCAAAAUGAAAAAAUAGUGCAAAAAUCAACAACGCCAAUACAAGCAUUUAGAAACACGAAUGUAUUCCAAGGUAAAUCAUCAACACAAAAAAUAUCUGAUGAUAUUAUUGAACAAAUAAUAUCACAGGAUGAUGAUGAUGAUGAUAAUGAUGAUUACAAUGACAUUCAUGAUGACAUGGUGAAUGAUAUUAAUCAAGAAAAUAUAUCAACGCCAAUUCAGGCAUUUAGAAAAACAAAUAUAUUUGAUAAAAAGAAAUCAAAUGCUGUUGAUGAUAUUGAUUCAAUUUCACCAGAUAUUGAUAGUUGUCAAGAUACACCAAAUUUAUCAUUAACACCAAUUCAGGCAUUCAGAAAAACAAAUAUUUUCAAUAAAAAACCACUUGAAAAUGAUAAAACAACAACUGCAAAUAAUUCAUUACUGUCACAACAAUUAUCACCAAUACCAAAACAAAUUUUAUCUGGUAUUGAUGAUAGUACACCUUGGAGACCUUGUCUUGUACCACGACAAGUAUCAUUUUCAAAAGUUCAAAAUAUUGUUCAAAGUACACCACAAAAUAAAAAUUUACCUGAAUUUAUAAAUAAAUUGAUAAAAACAAAUGCUGAUAAUAAAAAAAUAAUGAAAAAUAAAAAAAAAAUUAGUGAAAAUAAUGAAAAUUCAAAUGUUAUAAUGAUGAAUAAUAUAAUACAAAAGAAAAAAUUAAGUAAUUCAUCAAAAUCACCACGUAAAUUUGGUACUGAAAUAUCAAAUUUAAGUGGUUCAAUAUCUGAAUCAUCAUUGUCAAAUGGACAAUCAAUAAUUGAUGCAAUAACAACAACACCAACAAAAACAGUAACAACAGCAGCAACAGAAAAAGAAAAAGAAAUAAUUCCUGAUGAAAGUAUAACAAGUCCAUCAAUACCAAUAGUUAAUGCAAAUAUUGAAUAUGAUGAUGACCUUGAUGAAAAUUCAGAAAAUAAAGAAAAUGAAAUAACUGAUAGUCCAAAAAAACUAUCACCAAGUAAAAAAAAUAGAUUACUUAUUGAUAGUCCACGUAGAUCAUUUGGUAAACCAUUAUCAAAAUUAUCUGUAUCACCAGUUAAAUUAAAUUUUGGUAAUGAUGAACCACAACCAGGACCAUCUGGUUUGGUAAAAAGACAACCAUUAGCUGAACGUCGUAUUACACGACAAUCAAAUCUUCAUAUGUUUUUAAAUUUACCAGAAUUACCAGAGAGUACAAAAAUCACAACAGCAGAUGGUAUAUUUGAUGAUAUUAAUUCAAAUCCAUCUAAUCGUGGAAAGAAAAUAAAAAAUUUUAAAGAUCCAAAAAUGAAUAAUGGAGUUGAUGAUACUGAUCAUAGCUAUGAUCUUGAAGGACAAGAAAAUCAAUUACGAAAUUAUCAUCCAAUGUUGAAUAAUAAACGUCCUAAAAAACAAUCAAAUCUUCAUUUAUUAUUGGAUGAUUCAGAUGAUGAUACAGAAAAUCAAAUACCACAUGGUACAUCUGGUGAUGUUGAACAGUCUAAUGAUAUUGGAGAACCUCCAAUUGAUUUUGAUGAUGGAAAAACAUUAAAUAAUUCAGAUGAUGAAUUGAAUGUUAAUAAUUUAUUUGGUUUUUGUGAUGAUAUUGGUGAUGAAAGUAAUAUUACAGCAACACAUGAUAAUACAUCAACAAAAACAGUUAAAAAAAUUAAUAAAAAAACGACAAAAAAAAUUGGAAAGCCAGUAAUUGUUGCUGAUAAACCAAUGACAACAAGAUAUUCAAUUAUUAAAGAUAAAAAAAUAUUAGACAAUGAAGCUAAUGAGCAACCUAAAAUGAAUAAAGUUGAUGCAAUAAAAGCACAUUUUGGAUCAACUAAAAAUGCUGUUAUUGAGGCUCAUGAUUUUUCUGAUACAUUUGAUUUUGGUGAGCUUGAACAACCGGAUGAUGUAUCACAAGUACCACUAUUUGUUGAUCUUGAACCAGUUCAUUUUAAACAGCCACCAAGAUAUUCUUACAAUCGUAAAAGACACUUGAAUACAUCUGGAGAGACUGAUGAUGACGAGGACAAUAAUGAUAAAAUACCAGAAAGUAAAAUAACAAAGAAAAAAAAGAAAAUUAGUAAAGAAGAACGUGAACAAAAAAAACAACUUGAAAAUUGGGCAAAAAGUCUCAAUCAAAGUUUCAAUGAAGUUGAUGAAUUUGAUCUUAUUGUUGAAUCAGUUAAUGAUUAAGAAAAAAUAUAAUAUCAUUAUUCAAUCAACGUAAGUUUUGUUACAUGAAUGUUUUUUUUUUUUUUAUAUAAAAAAAAAUUAUCAAAAAAUAUUUGUAGAACAAUUUCUGGUGCUUUUUUUUUUGUUGUAAAUAUUUUUUCAACAUGCGAUAUAAAUUAUAUGAAAAAAAGAUAUAUAUAUUAUAUAAAAACUAUUAUUUCUAAAUUAAAAAAAAAAUAUUUUUAUCUAAAAGACAAAAAAAAGGGAAAAGGAAAUAAAGCCUUUUGUUUUUUUUUUUAAUUUAAAGAGGCAAUAAUUUAUUUUCGUAAAAAAAAAAUAUAAAAAGUAUUUGAGCUAGCAUGACAAGUUUAUUUUAUUUUAUUUUAUUUUUUUUCUAUUUUUCAGUUAUUAUUUUAUAAUUAUAUACGCCAUUUAUUGAUAAUUAAUUAUAAUCAUUCAAGAAUAAUUUUACAAUGAAUUUAAUCAAUAAAAAAAUUCAUAUGUUGCCAUUAAAUAAUUAAAUAAUAAAAUAAAUAAAAGAUAAUAAUUUCUUUGUCAUUUAUUUUCAUUAAAAAAAAAAAAAAACUUGAUUCAAUAAUAAUUAAUCUAGUUUAUAAAUUUAUCAUUUUGUUUGAUAUUCAGUGUCUGGUACACUUGAGCACUGCGCAGAGUUAUCAACAAAUAAAUAAUAAUAAAAAAAAAUUAGUAAUAAAGUGACUUUGUUUAAAGAAUUAAAAUAAAAAAAGAAAAAAAACAAUUA